CCCCUGGGUCCCGCUUUUCUUUCUCUAUACUUUGUCUCUGUGUCUUUAUUUCUUUUCUCAAGUCUCUCGUUCCACCUAACAAGAAGCACCCACAGGUGUGGAGGGGCAGGCCACCCCUUCAGACAGCUACAAGAACAGAGUCAGAGAUAGUUCUAACUCCCAGUUAGGAAGAUUUGAAUAACAGAAGUACUUUUGAGUAUAUGAUGACAAAUCUUUAUUUUUUAUUUACCUAUUUUUUGAGACAGAGUCUGACUCUGUUACCCAGGGUGGAGUGCAGUGGCAUGAUCUCAGCUCACUGCAACCUCUGCCUCCUAGGUUCAAGCCAAUUCUUCUGCCCCAGCCUCCCAAGUAGCUGGGACUACAGGUGCCCACUACCAUGCCCGGAUAAUUUUUGUAUUUUUAGUAGAGAUGGGGUUUCACCAUACUGGCCAGGCUGGUCUUGAACUCCAGACCUCGUGAUCUGCCUACCUUGGCCUCCCAAAGUGCUGUGUGAGCCACUGUGCCUAGCCGAUAAACCUUUAUUACCAAGUGAUAUCAAAUAUUAUUAGAGCUGAGUAUGGUAGUGACAGUUUUUCAUAUAAAUGUGAAAUUACAUCCUCCCAAAGGAAUCCUGAGUAUGUAUGUACUUUAAGAGAACCCAGAAUCAUCUAAAUAUUGUCACAUGGCUCUCGCAAGUGAGGAUAAUAGUGAUGCUCAUAACAAUGAGGAUUAGCUGCACUCAUCAGCCUGUAGAAAGUAAAAAGUUUCCUUUUCGAAAUUUCCUUUCUUGUUAAAGAAUAAAUGAUAAGUGAGAAAUAAUAGUUUUUUUUAAAGACUAACUUCCUUCAAGCUUCCUCUGCUCUGCUAAAAACUCUUUGUUAAGCCCUGUCCUAUGUAGCUGUUAGAUAUAAGGGAAUAAGUAUAUUCUAUGUCCUUGUACUUUAACCAAGAUAUUUGUGCUGGACAUGCUCUCAGGCACGUUCCAGCUUGCAGCCUAUGCCCCUUCCUUAUUUGAAAAUAUUAAUACUUUUCUAAGUCCUUUCGCAAGCAACUUCCUCUUUUCCUUUGUUCUCGAUUGCCUUUCCCUAUUUAGGAAAGUUUUAAGUUAUUAGCCAGUCGAGUUUAAUUUUAAUUGUGAGGUCCAGCUCCAGCCAAUAGAGACAGGACACAGUAGCAGGGACAAGCUGCAUAAGGGAUGAAAACUGCUUCCCUCUUUUGUUCGGGUGUGCUGUCACCAUUGUUUCAUCUGUGAGGAGCACCCUUUCUGCAGAAAGUAAAAUUGCCUUGCUGAAAAAACUUUUUAUCUAAAUGCUGAUUUUUCCUUGCAGUACUGAGGAGCAAGCAUUCUGUUUCUAAAUAAACAUUUUACUUAUAGCAAUGGUGGUGGCCUGUACCGGAAGCCAUUCUCCUCCGGGGGCGGUGCGGGGGUGGGGGGCGGGUGGUGGUCUCUGGCCCUCUCUCACCAGGAAGGUGCCCCACUGCCUUGUUACUGAGGCCUCCAGCUAAGGAAUCGAGACCCACCAGGUGUGACGAAUGAACUGGAGUCUCAGCAAUGCGGAAAGAAACCGGCUGGUGACCUGGAGUAAAAGAUCCUCACAUACCAUGUGGACCAGGCAACUCUGCACAGACCAAGGAAGGAAACGCCAUGGGAGCCAGUAAAAUAUUUCCCUGGUGGUCAGGACUAAGGAAAAAGAAGCCACGGGGCGGUGGAGCAUUCUUUGGUUGGUACAUAUCAAGGUGAUUGCCCACAGUGAGUAUCAAAAGUCCGAAAGAAUUUCCAUCUUUCUGAGCAUGCAAGAUGAAAUUGAGACAGAAGAGAUUAUCAAGGACAUUUUCCAACGAGGCAAAGUCUGCUUCAUCCCUCGGUAUCAGUUCCAGAGCAAUCACAUGGAUAUGGUGAGACUAGCAUCACCAGAGGAAAUUUCCUUACUUCCCAGAACAUCCUGGAAUAUCCCUCAGCCUGGUGAGGGUGAUGUUCGGGAGGAGGCCUUGUCCACAGGGGGACUCGAUCUCAUCUUCAUGCCAGGCCUUGGGUUUGACAAACAUGGCAACCGACUGGGGAGGGGCAAGGGCUACUAUGAUACCUACUUGAAGCGCUGUUUGCAGCAUCAGGAAGUGAAACCCUACACCCUAGCAUUGGCUUUCAAAGAACAGAUUUGCCUCCAGGUCCCAGUGAAUGAAAAUGACAUGAAAGUAGAUGAAGUCCUUUACGAAGACUCAUCAGCAUCUUAAAUCUGGAUUACUACAGCCAAAUAAUCAGUGUUUUAUAUGAAAGUAAAGCAAAGUAUGUGUAUUUUUCCCGUGUCAAAAAUUAGUUGAAAUUGUACAUUAAUGUGAAUACAGACUGCAUUUUAAAAUUGUAAUUAUAAAAUACCUUAUAUAAAACUAUCUUUAAAAAACAAUAGAAGUGUGAAUAGUAGAAUAUUAAUUAAAAUGAAGGCUAUCAGCCUAUGAUUUUCAGCUUAA